AUGCAGCUCUUGUUCUCUAUUCUCGUCGCAUCUUCACUCGCAUCGGCGCACUUCAUACUUCAAUACCCUCGUUCCCUUGGGUUCGACGACGACACCGAGGGCACUGCACCGUGCGGCGGCUUCGACUUUUCCUUCAACUCGUCGGAUGAUUCCGUGCCUGUCGACGGCUUUCCUGUCUCUAUGCUGAGCACUCAUCCGGCAGCAGACUGGCUGUUCCGUGCGACCCUCGACCGACAGGAGCCUUUCAACUGGACCAAUCUGCUGCCUGUCGUCUCAGAAACGGGCCUUGGCCAGUUCUGUCUUCCCGACCUGAAGGCGCCCUCCGACUUUACUGGGAAGACUGGAAUAUUGCAGGUCAUGCAACAUGGUCCCGAUGGAAUCCUGUAUCAGUGUGCCCCUGUCAAUUUCGUCGCUGGAGUCAACAACACCGUCAGCUCAAGCUGCCAGAAUGUUACCGGCCUAACCGCGGUCCUCACAAAUCAAAAUAACUUCACCAUUUCUGCAUCGAGCUCGUCGUCCAUGAGCAUGGCGAGCAGCACUUCCAGUCCUUCUUCGUCGGCCACAGGUGGUGGUGCUGCUGCAUCCGCCAGUUCGUCCGGCCUCGCCGCUGCGACGAACGCUCCAAAAGCAGUUCAAAAUCUCCUCGCCGCCAUGGGGCUUGCUGUGCCACUCGUACUGUAG